CACGUCCACGUCGACUCCAGCUCGACAAGAAGUAUUAAGGGGAUGAGUCGACAGAUGAAUCGACAAAGCGGUAAAAGCGGUCGAAACAGCAACGCCAGCAAGGCUGUUUCUUCGGAGAAAUUGAACGCACCGGUUGUGUUGAGUGGAUCAGGACCACAGCAGAGUUCAGAACUCGAUCCAACUGCACGCUACAUUCCUCACGGAGAGGGUGCUUCUGUCCAUCACAUCGUUUGCAGUAUGCGUCGGCAGCGACUGUUCACUAUCGGCAGUGACCUCACGUUACAGCAACUGCCGUUGUUUGAUCCGUCGAGACACAGGGUGAAAGCUGUUGCUCGUGAGGAUCAAAAUAUUAUGAGAACAUGUGUAAGAGUAAGAAAUGCAUUCUCUACAAAUCAAGAGUCAUCUGGGAGAGCGAAGAAAAUGAGGACAACCUGAGGUGCUGUCCAGAUGAUCUCUGUUCUUGAGAUGCAUGAUUUCCUGCGUACAUCUCCUACACCUCUAAGAAAAGCGAGAAUGAUGGUGCGCAAAGUUCGGACACCGAGAGUAACAUUUCUGCUACUCAGUUCAGUCCGAAUGCGGCGAACAACAAGCUGACGAAUAGCAGUAAGCACAGCGGAUUUGGCCGUAGUAGUUCGAUGCAGCAACAAAACUCGACCAUGAGUUUGAAUUCAACGGCUGUGGAUGCGGAUGGACAGGUGAUCGCUCUGAAAAGAUUAUGGCUAAGUAGGUUUUUGAUGUCACUAUUGUUCGUCCAUGUGAAGGUGGACUAUUUACUGAGUAGACUCGCGGCUCUAGGUGGAUUUUAUGGGGAAAGUAAUUGGGAAAAGGCAAGCGGGAACUUGGUCAACCAGCGCCAGUAGGUAGCUACCUACUCUAAAAUGACACGACUUCGCACUUGGGCAGAACAAUACUUUGGGCCUUGGCCAGAGCACAGCCACAAGCAGAUUCCGGGACCCGCCUCGUGUGUAUGAGACAACAGCAACAGCCAACGACUUUUUGACUGAAGUGGCGAUUGCGACAGUCUCAGACUUUGACGGAUUUUCCUUGGAUGAUAAACCGGGAGUGGACCGACUUUAAGACGAAGAGUUAAAAUACGCGAGUAACAAACACAAUACAUAGCCCAGUUGUAUCAUCCGUGAACUCGGUUAUUCUUAUUUCAGCUUAUCAAUUUAAUCCAUCUUUGACUUCAUUAUCGCUGUUUUCAGGUACUUGGAGGAAUGGGCGCAGACGAGGGUGUGGGACAAGAAGUUAGGUCUGCUCCGCCUGAUAUAGUGAGUUCCUUCUAAGGAUAGUAUCGAAGCGCUGCAGACCUGAUAGGCGGUAGGUCUACUCAGUCUGAUAAUGGAGGUGCUAUGAAUACGUCCAUUACGAGUAAAUUCGUUGGUAGUACUUCUAGUAAGACCACGACUGCUCACCCUCGCAAUCAGAACGCGUCGCAUCAAGAAAUGGUAACCACGGGGACAACUACAACAGCAACUAUCUCUGGUGGUGACCAUUCCAGCAAGAGGACAAGGAGUAAAGACAAGCAAGAAGUACUGGUUGUGAAGGGCUUAGGGUUUGGAGUAAAGGACGAUAGAAGUGCAGAUGGGAAGAAAAUCUUGCGGGAUGGCGCACAUUCUAGUCCGUCUCCUAAUGAACGGAGUAAAAGCAAUUAAGGGCGUAGGUUUUACUAGGUGUUCCUCUUAUCAUUUGUUAUAACGAACGGAGUAAGGGAACACCAAAAUCCUACCUCUAAAGCAAGAAGAAUAAGAAGAAGCGGAAGCGAAAACUCGAACAACAAGAACAAGAGAUCCAACUGUACAUUAAGGCUACCACUAUUACAGCAUCCUCAACACGAUCUUUGUUGGCUCUUUUUAUUUCUACUACUCAACUACACGAUGGCGCUUUUCUCUUUUUCUACUGCUCAGCGUCAGCACGAUCUUCUGUGGCUCUUUUUUCUACUACGUACUGAGCACGAUCUUCUGUGGCCGCUGUUUUUCUACUUCUACUUUAAAAAGAGGCCAAUGAUGAAUGGUCUUGUAAAAGCCCCUAAGGAUAGAAGCGUAGCACUCUCGAAGAAGCUGCAGAAGCGUGUAAACGUAGUAAGUCCUUAGCUCUAAAAAUUACGACUUAGAAAAUGGUGGCGCUGACGGAAUUUUGAUGGAGAAAGUGGGUGGCGAAGAGAUCCCAACCUUGGAGUUCAGCAGACGAAAGGCAAAGAAAGAGCAUUAAGGCUGCUUAUACUAGAUAUUAAUCCAAAUAAUUCAGCCGUGACUAUGACUGCAUCCCUGAAAAGUGUGGGACAGUAGUAAGUACCAUCGCAUCAUUCAUUUUACAUCACUCGGAGUACAUUCAAAUGAUCAAUGCUGUAUGGAACAGGACUCAGCAGGGAUAGAAUUGAAAGAUGGACUAUGGGUUCCUCUAAGAGCAGGCAGCACGCGCAAUUUCGCCUCCAAUUUUACCGGCGUACAGGGUAGCACAAAACGCAACAAGACAAGCGAUGGAACAACAGGUACUUGCUUGGGUGAAGGAGCUGGUACUUAGGUCAAAAUAUGGGUGAGACUGAUUUCUUACUAUAAAAUCAUCAACAUGUAGUUCAGGUGCUUACAGGUAAAACUGAUUUCGUCCUACGCUUAUCUUUAUCAAAUCAUCCUCAUUGAUUCUUAAUUUCUCAUCAUCGCUUUGAUGGGCCUCAAAGUCUGGCUUCUCAGAUCUUCACUCUUUAUGAUAGUAGAUUAGAAGAGUUACCAAAACGUGGAUAUACGCUCCAUCCACCAGCCGCUCGAACAGCAAGAUGAUGGGGUAUCUGAGGAAGAGCGCGAGCGACGCCGUAAAAAGCGUGAACAAGCAGCGCUGCUCCGCAGUCGGUGGGAGGAACAAACCCGGUUUUUCCAUCUCUUAGAAGAUCACUCUAGAAUCAUGAAUGUUUUGUCCGGCGGAGACGAACGGCUGAAACAGAGCCUAAAGAUUAAGGCUAGUUUCCCACCAUCCCAUGAUUAAUCGCCGUCUAGUUAGUACGCGCACGUUUUUAAUGGGAAAGAAACUAUGGGGCACCCACGCAGGGUAUAAUUUCACUCAAAUAAGAACAGGGAUAGUGAAAAACUAGCGCUAAAAGAAGCUUCCUAAUGGCAGUGCAUCGAGGAGACCAAGCAGGGGCUCUGAGCGGCUUAGCGAAUUCAGGUAGGAUUUUGCCUCCACACCUGUCUGCAGCGUUGGCCAAAACAUUAUCGAGUAUCGGAGGAAAUAUUAUGUGAGCAGGAGGUUGACUUUUGUCACUAAAAUUUUGACUUUUGUCUAGCAGAACAGAUGAACAGACGAGAUGUAGUUGUCAUCAUCACGGAAAGGGUUGCUGGGAUUGAGUUAAUAUUUCUGAAAGUUUCAUCUGGAUCUAAUGGUAGUAGUAGCCGCGUCUGCGGCAAUUGUCUUUAUACUUUUAUCUAGCAGAACAGAUGAACAGACGAGAUGUAGUUGUCAAGGUGAAGAUGAACGAUAGUAGCUCUUUUUAGAAGGUACUACUUCACUGAAGGGCCUCAUACAUAGAUACAUAAUGCUAUACAAGAGGCACCAUGAAAUGACAUGAUUUCUCUAAUGUACAAGCGUCUCAGCAGCCGGCGAAUACCCUUGGGCAGGUACAGCACGAUGCCGCAGUAUAUCAGGCCACGACGGGCAAGAGCUCGACUGAAAUCUUGAGCAAACAACUCGUGAGUCGGUAUUUGGCUGCCAACGCAGCGCGAAUCAACGCCAUUCCUACUUCUGGGCCGCGUAGUGGCUUACUCGCGUCACGAAAAGACUUCAUCCACAAUCAUGGCGGCAGUUUAUUUCCAGGAACUGGUGGGGGUAUUGGGGGAGUUCCUGGAAGUCAUGGUCUACAUGGUCGUCAUGGAACAAGCGCUGCCCCGAGUCACCUAUUGCUAAGGCUAUGCAUAGCGCUCAUGCUCAAGCAUGCUCUUCCUCAGCAUGAUCCCUGGAUUCACUUUUUCUAUAGCUGAAAAAGAAGUGCUCCUCAGAUAACUCAACAUAACUCAAGGAAGAUGCGCUGACUCAGAGAUGUACUCAGUACUCAGUGGAUAAGGUUAGGAGAUGUAAGGAGGUCCAGCGACGCUUAAAGCACAUAAAGAAGAGUGACCCGUUAACUUUUCCCUCAUCUUUGCUCUUCAUUAGUUGAAGGCACAAGAAGGCUGAUAGGGCCUCAUCAUUGGUAUAAUAUAGACCGAUUACUACGAGGCAUCCUGACAUGAUACAGAGGUUAGCCCGUUCAGUCAAACUCUAAUAACAGCGAAGCACGAUGCAAGUCCACGAUUGAAUUUGUUGAAGGAAGCGAGUGCAGGAGGAACUCUGGCAGCGGCGCUGAAGGAGUACAGAAAUUCUAGUAAUCUGCAAGCGGCUAAAUGGUACAAGAAAGCUUUGCCGACCGUUCCUGUUUAAGGGUUGGAGUGGAGUUGGAAAUCACUAGAUGAUCUAAGUGGAGUGGAGUUGGAAGUCUUCCAUCUACCUCAGAUACUAGAUGAUCUAAAAGCAUGUAGCCUAACAGACUGCUACAUCUAGAAAGCAAAUUGGGUAUACUACUACUGCUUUCUGCUUGCUAUAUUAGUCUAUGACCUGCUUUUCAAGGAGCAAAGAAAAGGCUACAAGAUAAAAGUAACCUACAACAAGAUAAAAGACUUGGUACGACCUCUAACCUGUUGACGACCUGUUGCUUCUAGGCAUGCAGCUGAAUGAGAUGGAGCCUCUACCGCGAUCGAAGAAACCCAGUUUUAAGGGUCCAACAAAUUGUGGUGCUGCGGUUCUGGGAGUCGAUGCUGCGGGGAAUCUACUGCCUAGUACUGGCGCUGGAGUUUCUGUUUCUGGGAGCAGUCUUAUCAACGACGGUGCAGGGAGACCGGGGAGUGUAGGUUUCUCAGGAAAAGGGAUAAGCGAUGGUAAGAGGAAGAAAAGCAAGAAAAACAAAAACAGUAGUACAACUAUGAAGGGGAAAAUGAACAAGACCGUACUAGAUGGAGAUGACGAAGUAGAACGUGAUGAAGGACGAGAAGGGACUCCUGUUGCUGCAGAUGCAAGCGAACAAGAAAACAUGUUAGAAAGAGCGAAGGCCGUUGAAGUUGUGCCCAGACUAGAUGGCGAGUCCUCGUCUGAUACUGACUCUUAAGCGUUGGAAGUUGACCUUAUCUCUAUGAACAACAUCUCUAUGGUAGGCUUGUUCCAAGCAGGAAAGCCAUAGACGUGCGGGCUACAGCGGUCAACUUUCAACCUCUAAGACUCGGAGGAAGAGAGACCCCAGAGCGAACUACUAGAGAUGAACCCGCCUCGAAAGAUGGACCGAAAUACGGUGGAUCAGCAUCAUCAAGGCACAAAUACAACAGGAAAAAAGCAUGUUCGUGCUGAUACUAACAAUAAUAUAUUUAAGGCUUCAGGUAAUCCAUCCUCAGAAGCAUCUUGAGGCCUUUCUCUGAGGGGAAAGCAAGGGCAGGAUGACUUUCAAGAUGGAUUCCGGGAAGCUCUAAUAUAAUAAAGGGUCAUGGUGAUCUUCAUCACCAACAUCAUAUCCUGAAGAAGAAGGGCAUUCUGGCUAGUUCGUCACGCGGAGGAGAAGCUUCUGCAGAUCAACAGCAUCUAGCAUCCGAAAUGCCUCGAGUCCGGCUGAGUUGGGACGGUCGAGUGUUGGCUGAUGAAGAGGCGCACUGGUCUUAAGGCUUUAUUCAUAUAUCAUAGCGGACUACUCAUUAUUAUCGACUGCAAGCCAAACCAAAUUUUCUAUAAUUAUAAACAUAGAUACUAUAAUUUGUUCAUCAUGCUACUUUUGCAGCAGCACUGCUCUCUCUGCUUUAAAUAAGCUCAAUAUCCUGAUGAAUCAUGGUCCCUCUUCAGAUUCAGAUAGUACAUCUUGUAGGAGCUGCCCUCCGCCUUAAUGAUGGAUCGGGUUAAGCGGCUCUAAUGGUCUCGUGUGGCGGAACCUGUACCGAGGGGCCGCACUGAAGAUGAUGAAGAAAUAGAAGCUGGAGAGUCGCGUCGAUUGAAACGCAUUAGCAAGGGGAGCAAACCAACUGAGGAGAAACAGCGUAUGAAAGGGACAUCAAAUUCUUCUUCUAAGAAAGCAGAGACAAGUUUUACCAAUGCGCUUUUCUAUCCAGAGCCAGAAGAAGCUGAACUACAUCAAGCUGAGGCCAUCAAUGCUGCAACGGCCAGUAAGGAACCGAGGAAGACCCUCAAUCAAAGAAGAAAACAGCUUCUAUUAAGGCUUACAGAAGUAAUUCACCUUAUAAAGGAGCCAAGCAUCUUUCGAAGAACGAAGGGCAGAAACCGUUAGGGAAAUCUUAGGCAAUCCACCGAACAGAUUCACAGCAUCAAGAAGCGCCUUCGCUUCUUUGUCCUCCUUUUCUUUGAAGGAAAGAAAACCCGCCAACGGCCAGACUAACACGAUGACUUUCGUUCAAGAUCAAGAUGAAUAUCAUGGUAAUAACAAUCUAGAAGUGAUGAAUGAACUUAGGAUGAAAUGGAUAUACGUUGUAACCUGUUACUGUAAGGUCUACUUCUUCAUGUAUUUCUAAUAGAAAUGAAUGAGCAUGAAGAGGAAAGUAAAGAAACUCGACAAGACCCGCCAGACGAGCAGAACGAAGGCAAGCCAGUUUCUUUAAGGCUUCCCCGGAUCCAUCUUCCGAAGCAUCCUCAAGAGGGUUUUCAAGGGAAAAACACGCCCAGGAUGCAUCUUGAGAUGGAUUGCGGUGAGCUCUAAUUGCUAUGAUGUACUCGCCGCCGCCUGCCAAGAAACUCGUGAAGAAACUCUCGCUGAUAGCGAAGAGGGACAAACUUCGUGGCAUCGUCCGAGAGAAACCGAAAGUGAAGAAGCCGACGAUCAUGACUGGUUUUGAUCAGAUCUUCCCUGAUGGGGGCCACCACCUCCUAGAUGGCAAGAAACCACCUAGCUUCUUCGGAACCUAUUUCGAUUUCGCGAAGGUGUGGGCUGGAGGCGGUGCAAGAUUGCCUGGUAGCGGUACUGCUAAUGUUAAGGCUGUAACAACUGGUUCAACAUCCUUUGGUGCAUCCUUGGUUUAGGGUUUGUGCAAGAGGUAUGCUUCAGUAUUAAAUCGUGCUAUACUCUUCAAGGAUACACCAGUCGAAAGAUGAACUACGGAAAGCUCUAAUACUGCGAAUGGGGGAGGAGCAAAAGCGUCAAUGAGGAAGAACAUCAAGAUGAAAAAAGGAAGUUCUACUACUUCCUCUGCUGCUGGUAGUUCUAUGAAACUUCUACGGAGCAACAGUAAGGUGGAUUCUACUGUUGGUAGUGGACGAGCAGGUAGUAAUGGAGUAGGACCGCACCAAGGACCACACCAAGGAUCAGGAGGAUCCGCUUCCUCUUCUAACGCAGGACUGCAACACCAAAACGAACCUUCUGCUUCUUCAUCUUCGAAAACGACUUGUUCUAAAACGAACAAGAUAUUCUCGACUAACGAAGCGAACACUGGCGUAGUGCCUACGCCACAGAGGCUGUUGUUAUUUAAUGACGAUAGGACGCUGCUAGUGGGGAUGGAGGAUGGCGAGGUUUUGAUCUUGUCAUUGCGGGAUGAAGCAAGGGCUGACCUUGUGGGAAAGUUUGGGGGACCAUCAGCCUCGUUUACUGUAUGGUUGAUGUGUAGUUUUCUCCCAUCUUUACAACAGACCAUGAUGUUCAUCUAGGCUUAGGCAGUUUUCCCCUUUAUUUUGAGACUGCACAUCUAGGCUUAUGGGCCCUUUUCCCUCAUCUAGGCUUAAUAGGCCCUUUUCCCUCAUCUAGGCUGACCGGCAUUUUCCCCUUUUUAAGACUGCACAUACAGUAAAACAACCGGUUAGUUUAACCCACCUCAUCUAUGAUCCUAUUCUAUCCUAGAUUAGUCCCUCGAGGCAACGUAUACUAUAGCUAUAGCUCAAAUAGAAAGGGGUGAAGCCUGGUAGCUUUAGAUCUCUCUACCUCUCUACCCCUAUGGGUCAAACAGAUAGUGGGAGAAAAAAGACCAUUCAUGUACUGGGAUUUCUUUCUCGGUGCCUGCGUCUGCGGGUGAGCCUUCCGCAACAACGAACCUUCUUGGAGCAGAUCAUGACAGCAAUGCUCUAGCAGAUUUCGUCUCACCUGAGUCCGAUUUCCUAGCAUCAUUGGCACAACAGCAAGGUGGAGGUAGUCAUCCGCUAGGGAAAAGACAAGUAUCUUCUCUUGACUUAUUUUCUUCUAGUACAACGAGGGGAGCAGCAGCUGAAGCAGUGGAAGAUGCAGGUGCUGGAACAGGAGGUGGUGAGAAGGGGCGGAAACCAAAUAAACUUCGUGUCACAGAUUUGGUUCCUUUAAGGCUUUCGCUGGAGCAUCCUCUGCAUCAUGAGCCUUGGAUCUUCUUUUUCUAUAGUUGAAAAGGAAGUGCUUCCCAAUGAUACUUCGUUCUAUGACUCAUCUCAAAGAGGAAGAUGCGAGGACCGCGGUACUUAGUUCUAAUUACUCUAUCUGUGAGCAGUACCAGCGAAACGACACCCCUGAGUACACUUUUCGGCAUCACUCCUGCAGGUGGAGACCAUAUUAACCAUAAGUGCCACGACUCAGCUGCAGCAGGAUCAGUAGGUGGUCUGAGCCGUAGUAUGUCGACAGAUUUGACGUCAACAGACUCAGUCAGUGGACUACAAGAAGCAGAUGCAGGCUGUAAUGAUGAGGCAUUGAACCGAUCGAUUCGCUUGCAACUGUCGUCGCAGAUGUCACAGCUAUUCUCGCCAGUACUCGAGAAAAACGCGAAAAACAAGGAGAGAACCACGCAAGAUGCCGCAGUAGUUAUGAUGACUUGCAAUUUGACAUGGACGGACCUGACUUGCAAUUUGAUAUGGUAGAAGAUCUGGUGCCAGAUUACGAAUACGAUGAAAUAGAGCAAAGGCGUAGAAGUGUUUGAAAUGUCUCAAUGUCACACCAUUGGUCUACUUCGUCUAAAUGUUGCUCAGGAUCAUUUCUCUGUGUAGUUGUAGUCCACUUCGGAGCUUUAUCGAGACUGCAUUCAAGAUUUUUUGUACUAGAAACAUGAUAAGUAAAUACGCAAACCUAGAAGUACAGUCUAAAAACCAAAUAUACUACUUCUAAACCUCACAACCGCGAAGAGGACAACUUGGUAGCCACUCGCGCCAAAGAGAUGCUACAUGGCCUCUUAGGCGACGAGAGACACGUGGACGUGAACACUUUACAUGAAGUUGUCACGGCACGUCGGACGACGGCGCAUAUUGCUGCCUCUCGAGCCGAUGGCGAUAUUAGUGUGUGGAGGCUGGACAUCGAAGAAACGCUAGAUAUCUCACGGUAUCGAGUUCGAGUAUUAAGGCAUUCAUCUCAAGUUGUAGUUGUCACCUCGAGUUGUACGUAGUUGCUUCCAGAAUUAUCGAGUUUUAGACUGAGUUGUGAUUACAAACUUCGGGUAGCUAGUAGGCUUUCACAUCUAGUUGUAGUUGCUUUCACAAUUAUCAAUAUCACCUUACUUGAUCGUGAGAAGUAGCACUAUGGCACCAUCUUUGACUUUGAUGUUCAUGCGCUCAUUUUGAUGAAGAGUAAAAAAGUCAGAUUAGGAAUGGAAGAUAAUUUAGAGGGAGUCAGAUUAGGUGCUAGUUUUUCUAGUGGGCCCACACCUAGCCUAUCCUCACUUUAGAUAAUUUAGAAGGGCCAAGGUCUAACAGUAGUGGUGAAAAAUGCGGAGAUGGUCUCUGUUGAUCGCUCAGUUACUGGCGGAGCGUUUUGUCUCUUGUGCGAAGUUACGGCUCAUUAGAUAUUUCAUUUCUAAGAACCUAAAAUGAUCACGAACAACUAGGGUUUACAACUUCAAUAUAAUAUUUCUAGUUCUACCAGUCAUUCCAUUCUCGCAAUUUCCUUCUUGUUGGGCGGAUUCUGAACAAGAAAUGAAGGGAUAGGGAAGAAAUGAAAUAGACGGUCUAAGUUAGCACUUGUUGCAUCCUCUAAAAGAGGCAAGAAGAAGCAAGAACCAAGGACGAAGGAGACCAACAAGAGGAACGAAGGCAAUAUGGCGUUCUCCAAUGACGGAGAUCCUUUCGAAGAAGUGGGAGGCACAAUCAACAAGAAGAAGGACUAUGAAACGACUUCGUCUUCAACAUCCGGUGAACAAUCGCUGUUCAUCGGAGGGACGCACGGGUUGGCACGAGGCGGAGACCUCCUGAACUAUUGCGCGAAAGAGACUGGGCCGACAAAAGCCGUAGCACAGGUUUUCCUGGCUGGUCGUCGACACGUGUUUUUCGGCGGGGAGGAUGGCAUCUUACGGUGUUUCGUCGAUGAUCAUGGGGAUGGUGCGGCGACAGGUUUGGAGGAACAGCAGAAUAUUAGAGGAGCUGGAGAAGAUGUGCUACCACCUCCUAGAAGUAAUGCUGCAAGCGGCGGCGUAAAAGGAACGAGUUGUACAGGAAUGAAGACACGAACAACUAAGGGCUUACAACUGAACCAUCCACGUCGACACUUGAAUAGUGGAGGAGAACUUUCGGCAGCAACUUUGAAUGCAGCCGCGAUGAACAUGCAUGCGACGUAUGCGCCCAAGCAGCCAGUGAGAUGAUAAAUGAACCUGGUCUCAGAUUGUCAAUGUUACGUAAGAACCUAAACACGUUUACAAUUGAAGUUGUAGAAUCACAAAGCACAUUGUCGAAGCAGCUAGUACGUUUUUGCUACAAAUAAAAGCAUAAAUUUGAUAUUCCUAGAAAUCCUAAUAUAAAAGAGUUAACCCUUAUUUCGGAAACUACGAAGUAAUUUUGAAACUACCAAGUAAAUUUGCAUAGUGCACGAGUAAUUCUGGCCCCAAGUGGGAGACAAACUAAUCUAAAACAGUAUGAGUGCCAAAUCUAAAGAAUUUUAAGUUGCGAAGUAGUAUUAGCCACAGCGUGUGUGGUUACAAUGCAGAGUAGUAUCAGCCACAGCCAGUGUGUGUGGUAAUGAAAGCCAAGAGCAUAUCACAGCGCUACCAAGUAAGAGCAGGAUAUGCAAGUGAAGUAGCAGACAGUAUCAACAGUUGUAACAGACUUAGCUAGGUUAAUGUAUGUGUCCUAAGUCUCAUAUCUCAAGGAAGAUAUAUUAUAAAUAUCUUCUAGUUCUACCUAGAAGCUGCACAACAGUAUGAAUAUUUUCUGCGUCGUUCUAGAUCCGUCUACGUACCAUACAGUCAUUGAUCACAGCGCUGGAGUCAAUUCCUAUCCUGUCCUUUAUAAUGCUUUAUUACUCUCGACCUUGACACAAAAACUCCCGGUACUCAAUCUAAAGAAGUAUCUAUAAGUUCUGCUUGAGUUGUUCUGGUACAACCUACAAAC